AUGUCUGCGAAAUCUGGAUACGAAGCUGGAUACACUAAAUACUAUGGCAGUCGGUUUGACAGCAUCUCAUACAGCACAUCAGAGGAAGCGAUUAAACAUUUGUAUCGUGAUUGGGCAAGCAGUUAUGACAAGGUAAAAGCAACUUAUAAAUUGAAUUUCUGUCUUGUAAAACCCCUGAGAACACGGAAAAAUUGAUGACUACCUACUGGGGCCUAAGCAACAAAAUUUCGCUCGCGCAAAUUUUUGUCCAGCCAGCAGGAAAUGUGCUCACCCAUGCAAAUUUCUCCUCAUGCGACAAGAUUUCAUUUCGACUCAUUACGUACCCGCCGGGGAAGUCACUUCGCUUGCGACCUUUCGCCGCUCUUAAAGUUCGCUCUCAUUUAUCAGAGCCUUCUUUUGUCAUCUUGAUAGAGGAGGGAAAAUAGGAGUCAUCAAACCUUUGAGGCCACCGCAGCCCAGAGUUCUAGACCAGUCAAUCUUGUUCUCUCUCGUCAAAGAGGUUUUUCGAGUGCGAGCAUCCGUUUAUUGACAAAUCGUUGGUCAUAACCGAGCCCGCUGUACUAAGGGCACGGCUAUUAGGACUGGGUUUGAAAGUAUAUCCUAGCAACAUGCCGAAGAUCCAGAGUCUUCUCCUAACAAGUUUUGAAUGAGGCUGUCUAUGAUGAUAAUAUGAAGAAUUAUGCAGAUCGAGCUGGAGAAUGUAAUCGGCCGAAGUGGAUAACAGUCUCCGAGAUCUGCAUAAUUCUCAACAUCAUACGGAAACUGAAUUCAAUAAUAGUUUUAUUAUUCGUCCAAACUAUUUCUAAGUUUUUAAGAUCCUUACCUACAGACUCGUACCCAGUCGCUAUUUAAGUGUUUUUUGGGAAGAGAGAAGAUUGGGGAUUAGGUUGAAGCGCUCGCGGGGUCUCAUGGGAAGGGAAGAAGGAAGAAUUUUCCUAUAGCCUGAGUAUCAGGCCUUCCUACGGGGCUAGGGGAGAGGAGAUUUUAGAUGGGGGAGGGGGGAGGGGGAGAAGAGAAAGGAAGGCCUGACACCAAACCAUUCAGCAAAUCGUGUGACACAUCCAAAAUCUGGAUGUGGCAGUGAUUGGAUAACACACAAUACCCACUGACGUCACCGACCGCAAGAGUUAUCGGCAAGGAGACGGUCAUUGAAAUUUUUCAUAGAUGUUUUGAUUUCAUAUUACCCGUAUGUGAUACUUUUACAGACAGAGACGCAGAGAGGAAUUCAAAAAGGCUCUACAGGGCGCUCUCAAGUUCUUUCCAGGAAUAAAAAUAAAACCCGAGCAAGAAUUGUGUUUUCAAGGCCUCGUAGCCUCAUAUACCAUCUUCUGCCGAAACUAUGUCCGAGUAUUGGUUACACAAGACCGGGACAAAGAAGACGAUAUCAGUGUUUCAGAGAUGUAAAUUCAGAUUGACAACAUCCUGCCGUUAAAAGGGUAUUGUUACUGUAAAUGAAAAUAGAGCGAGGUAGCCAUGUAUUGAGAUAGCCGCGGGGAUAGCCGACAGCACCAAUGCUUUUAAAAAGCUUGACUUUGCUUGUUGCGGUUACGAUAACGUACGUGAUUGGAAUUCGUUCGCUUCCUCUUCCAAAAUUUUCUCACUUUUGAAAUGUCUUAAGCUCAAGCGGGCGCCAUCAUAUUUCGCCAACGGGAUUGACCUUUGCUAUAGGCUCUCACCAUUUUUGAACUUGUAACAGCUUUCACGAGCUCUCUGUGAAGUGGUGGAAUCUGCUGCUGCUUGAUAAUUUCUAGGCAUAGGUGUUUCACCAUCGCACCUUCCUAUAUAUUCUUGCAGCUCCAUUCAACCACCCGAGAAUACGGAGGAUAACACCAGCUUUUUAGCUGCCAGAAAAGCGCCUGAUUUAACUCUGUAAACAAAAGCAAUUUACAAUUUUCCGGGCACACGUUUGUUUACAAACAGAGCGUUGGUGAUCUUACACUAGCACAAUUCCUAAACCCCGUUAUAAUUCCUCAUAAACGGCAGGUUUUACAUUACAAGUAUUCGACAACUCCUCAUUGGAGGUUUCAGAAAAAAGCGAAAUCGGAGCAACACAAGCACCGAUGCUCGGCCAGACCGUUAAGUGAGAUUUAUUUUAGGCGAGCUUUUUGACACGUGAAGCUGACAACCCAAUGAGCGGAAGUGAUUUUGAUUGGAUGGUAUCGUAUCAUGCUGUGUGAGGGUGGAAGGCUCCAGUAAAAGCAUCUGUGUCAGGCGUUUCUCUCCUUGACCUCUCUUCCUUUUUCGCUUCCAUUUUUCCCCUUUUCCCCAGAAACGCCUGAUACUCAGGCUAAUUUUCCUACUUCCCUUCCCAUGAGACCCCGCGCCCUCCUCAACCUAAUCCCCAAUCUUCUCUCUUCCCAAAAAACACUUAAAUAGCGACUGGGUACGAGUCUGCCUUACCUCCUCGUACACGUAAAUUCUUCGAAACUUUGGUCCAUUUCUCGCACAUUUUCAGGAUAUAAAAUUGCCUGCGUGCAGACGUCUCCUAUUUCCUUCGUUGCACCGUACAUCUCCUGUUUCCUUUUCCGCGUGCAACAAAGGAAAUAUGAGACGUCUGCACACAUGCAAGAUAUAAAAGGUUUUCUUUCUUUUUAUUACAGAUACUUCUCAAUAUAACAUUUGCACGAUGGCGUCAUUCUACUACUACGACCAGGAACCUUUUCGUUUUUCUUUCAUAUUUAAAUUUUGUAAUCCCAGUGAGGUUAAUAACGAAAGCCCUGAUUUGCACCGGAAAGCAAAACCCUGAAGGGUUCUGGUCGUAGUGGUAAAAAUAAUGAUGUCAUCAUGCAAAUGAUCUGUUGUAGCGAAUUAAGUACUUGUAGUUCCAUCCGCGAGCAAUAUGUUUUGCGUAUGCAUGUAUUUCUUCCGUUCAGUUUUAGUCAGAAAUUCAGCGAUUUCGUUUCCAAGCAAGUACACACCAUCGAAUCGUUGGUGUACUCCUCGCCAUUUCGUCCGGCAACGCCGGCCGCUUAUGAAGAAUUAACCAAGCUUGGCCAGGGAUCUGAGCCAAUCAGAAACGGCGAAAUAUAUUGAAUGAAUAAUGAUUAAUAAAUCUAAUUAAAUAUCGCGUGAUUUGAGCAUUAAUACGAUUUCAGGACCUCCAGUCAGCGGGUUAUGUGUUGUACCAAGCUUUAUGCCAAUAUUUAAACGAAUCAAUCAAGCAAGAGUGCCAAGAUAAAUCAAAGAAUGAGAUGAAAAUCAUCGACGUCGGUGCAGGGACAGGACUGCUAGGGGUUCAGCUUCAUGAGCUUGGCUACACUAGCCUUACGGCGGUAGAUAUUUCAGCUGAAAUGUUGAACGAAGCUAGGAAGAAAAAUGUCUACAAAAAGUUCAUCUGCGCCUUUCUGAGUGACCAGCGGAUUCCUGAAAUAGGCACUAGCGAGUAUGAUGCCCUUAUUUGUGCUGGUACAUUGGUUAAGGGACACGCUCGUUCCUCCGCGUUUGUAGAGAUGAUUAGAAUAGUUAGGAUUGGUAAGUCUUUUUUGUCUAGUAAGUAGCAUAAAUUUCAUCACGUACUACGCGACUUUCCUCAAGAUAGCGUCAAGCGCGAGGUUCGAGUUAGAGAAGGUUCGAGUAAUCGAAAGUCAACCGUAUAUCCAUGCCCAUUUAAUACCGCGAAAGACAUCAGUGUGUGAGUUAAAAUUUAAGCCAAUGUUUUGUUAAGCUCAGGCUUAACACUAUUCAGACCUUGCUUUUUAUCGCUUCCUGCGACCGGGGGGAGAGCUUCAGAGGCCCCCCUCUUUAACUUUAAAACCGCUCAUGCUAUGGCCACCGAAAUUACGCAGAACAAUGUACUAACCAUUUCUAACUGCUGGGGACUCAGGUAAAUUAAGGCAUGGGUCAAUAACCAUUUUCCUGUAAAAAUGAGGGGGGUAGUCUAUAAUAUGAAUGGUUUAUCAUGAAGCAGAAAAUACCAAAAAAUAUUACACAACACCAACAUUGAUCCUUUAAAAUAAACCAAAAUUAUGCAAAUUAGGUCACGUGACCUUACCGCUCCUCAAAGUUUCAAAAUAUCUUUAAGAAAAAAUGGGCACACUUUUUAGCAAGAGUUAUCUUACUUUACUACCCUAAGAAGAUACAAAAUAUAAGCCGCUAAAAAACUGUGCUUGGCAACUUUCAAAUAUCUCGUCUAUUUUGAAAAUAAACGGGUUUUUCGACUAGUACCCAGUCUCCCAAUACAAAUGUAUCAUUUUAACAUGCCUUUCCUUUGAAAACUCUUGACAUUGCCAAGCCCAGAAAUGACAUACUUAACGGCCUUAUAAUUAUGAAACUAGUAGAAAAAUGAAGGAAACAAGAAAAAGUGUGCCCANCACAUGACAUCAUCAUACAGAUCGGAUGGUUUUCAACUCAACAAUUUAAUGACCUGUGCAACUCAGCUAUAUCACGUGGUUUACAGAUAUAACAAAUGUAGUCUCAGUAAUUAUUACACUCUUGUUCAUCCCAAAAAUGCUUUAGAAAAUUGUAUCACAACUGUAUCUCAAGUUUGUCAUAGUAUAAACCAUUGAAGACGAUAACGGUAAAUAUAUUUAAUGCAGUCUAAUAUACUUAAAUAAAUAUAAAUAUAAAUUAUAUAUAUAAUUUACUAUGUUUGGCGGUCAUAGCUUGAACAGUUUUAAAGUUAUUUAACUUUUUCACGAGGGGGGUGGGGGGAGGGGGUUUAAACGCCCCCGGUCUGAAUAGGGUUGUUGGCUUAACAUAAGGGCAGCUACGCCCUUAACAUCAACUGUUGUCACUUGCGAUUCACACUCUGGUUUUUUUUCUGCAGGUGGUCUUCUUUGUUUCAGUAUUCGAGACGAUCACCUGGGAGCCUACCAGGAAAAGAUGAUGGAACUCGAAAAAGAUAGACGAUGGGAAAAAGUCAGCACAAAAAAGAUUCCUUUAUAUGACAGUGAUGACAUGCCGAAGGACAUCCUUGGUUUUGUUUAUAGAGUCUUAAAAAAUUAAAACAAUUGCAGCACGAGACAUUUAGGGAUGUUAUAAUGUUAUAUAUGCCUUUUCAGUUAGUUUAGCGUACAUAGCAGUGAUGUUGCGCGGAUUAUGGUCUCAUUCUGUGUAGUUUUUGUGAAGUUCCACUGAUUUAAUUACAUUAAGACUUUGAAUUUGAAAGAUGUGUGCCGUCGAUUGUUUGAAGCAAAUUUCCCUCGUGGCACGACCAAUCAGAAGCACUACCCAGCAUCAGAAUGGAAUUUCUGCGCUCGUCCCUCAGCUGUCAUUUCGCAGCCAAGGCCAGUGGUGGCGUCGCGAAAGAUCGGCUGUUUUCUCAGGUUAAAAAUUCACUACAUACAAACGAAAGUGAUUAAGUCAUUUCGUCGGAUGGAUCGACUGGAUCGAAACAAAAUCACGGCGUCUGGAUCUAUCAGGCCGGUGUCAUUUGAUGGCUUUACGCUUAAUCUCAUUUUUUUCUUUUUGUUAACUGUACUUGCUGAAAAAAAUCAUUUAAUAGGAGCCUUAAUAGCUAUCCCUUACCCAUUCUGACCACUUCGGUUAAAAUGAGGUAAUUGUUCUUUAACAUAAUGACUUAAAAAAGUCAUCCAAGCCGGUAUCACUUAAGAAAUACGGAUUUUCAAACCCAGAUGUAAUACUGUAUAUUACGUAUGAUACAUACUUUAUUGUUACCUCCCCAAAGGGGCCUUUCAGUAGCAAUGAUUAUAUUACAUUAUUUAUAAUAACUAAUUACAACACUUAAUCUAAUACUAAUUACAAUGUUAGCUAGUUACUAAUUAAAUAGAGGAUAUUACGCGGUGGCGCGAAGAUAUGAAUUUUAUUUUCGAGUGGCAAAACAAUAUUUUACGAACGAGCGCAGCGAGUGAGUAGAAUAUUGUUUUUGACACGAGAAAAUAAAAUUCAUAUCUUCAAGCCGCCGUGCAAUGUUUUUUUUAUUAUAUAGGCAAAAUGAAAUGGAUAAAAUCAUAGAGGGAAAUUACCAAAAUUACGUCAUCGAUAAACUCACGUGUGAGAUUAUGGAAAAUAAACUACUCGGGUCCCGGAUGUAGUUUUUAUGAAUUUUACGAGUGUUAUAUUUUCCAGUAAAACACUCGUGUCUAUAUAAUAAAAUGUUUUAAACUUAACUAAGAAGUAUUUACAAAAUUAUCUGAAAGCUGGCUACUUAAGGAACGUUUAAAAAUUUCAUCAGAUGGGCUUAACUUAAGAAAAGAUUCCAAAUUGUUCCAAAGUUUAACAGUCCUGUAAUAAAAGGUUCUCUGUCCGGAGGCAGUUCUGAAAAGAGGGAUGUUUAGCUUUUGGCUACUCCGAGUUGUUCGUUCGCUAACUUGCUCACGGGUAAUAAAUUGGGAUGUAAGAUAUUCAGGGGCUUGACCGGUCAUGUAUUUGAAGGCCAUAGUAAAGUUGGUCCUUAACAGGCAACCAAGACAGGCUUUUCAAGAGGGGCGUUACAUGAUCAUAUUUAUAUUACGGGAAACAUUCUAUGAGUUACUAUGGACCAAUAAUUAUAUAGUCUAGAUUGGACAACAAAGUCAAAGACAAACCUAGCUUACAAUCUUUUAAGUCCAGCAUACGGCGCAUUAACCUUGUAGAUCUUAUAAGCGACAAUUGUGGUUCCUGCACAAUUUGUCAGUUCUUAAGAAUUUUAGUAAUAUUUUUUUAACACUUUCCUUAAUAUUUAAGUAGGGUUAACUCAGUAACUUUAAAUUUUAAAUGUUUAUAAAUUUUAGAUUUUAGAGAAUUGUAGAAUGAUCUAUACACUCAUUUUGUAACUGCCAUUAUCCUUUUUUUCUUCUAGUACUGUAAACUUCUUUUAAUUUUUUUUUUAUAAACCUAGUGUCCUUAACUAGCUUGUAUCUGCUUGACACAUCGACC